UAAUUAAUAGCCUGGGCAAGGGAAGGGCGCUGGUGUGAAAAGCGACUUGCGAUGACGCUUUGGAUGCACAUCCAAAAUUACUGUAGUUGAUACUUAGGAGGCUGCUUCAACUGAAGACAGCAAAUGUCGCAAAUAUGUGUGACUUAUAUAUUAUAUUGGGGACAGUCAAAGAAAAUGUGAUCAAGAGUUUGGAUGGAUAAAUUACAGAAUUGACAAGUUGGAGAAUCUAAAACACCGAUCAUAAAUAGAUGAGCACCAAUACGAGAAUGUCCCAGACGUAACCGACAAAUUGUGGUGUAAAAUUUUCUGUGGACAUUUAAGGAUAGAAGAAUUGAUGAUAAUUGUUCUAAAUCAACAUUAUUAAAUGCUCCUACAACAUCCAAAAAAACACCAGCCAAUAUCUUAUUGUCAAUCUGGGCACUAUGGAUGUCAAGACAUAAAUGCCGUAUAACUCUCACAAGCAGAACGACCACAUCAAAAUCCAAAUUAAUUAUUAGAUUACUGUGUGGAGGAAUGUUGGAUGGAAUUGAAGAAGAUUCAGUUUCCGACACUACCAUGGAAAAUUUUGUGAUUGUAGGCAAGUGAUAGCUGCCCAAAGAGUCCUGAUGAACUUGCCAUUCACAGCACAGGAAUAAUGAAGAUGAUACUAUUGUUAGAUUUGGUCUCCAAAAAUUAGUACCCACUAUAGUUGGUUGAUCAUUAUUUAAGAGCAUUAAGUCAUUAUCGUCCAUUACAUCCAUGAUGUCUCUACCUCUAGAAUUGGUUCUAUUACAACCCCAAAUGGUAUGGUGAGCAUUAAAAUCACCAGCAAUUAUUAGUGGUUUUGGAAUAUUAUGCAACAGUCUAUUAAAUUUAGAUUUGUCAAAGUUAGGUACACUGUUGCCAGGACUAUAAAAGCUAACAAUUGAGAUGUCUUUUUUCGUCUUCUCAGCCCCUGCGCCGAGCAGACUACUACACGCGCCUGUGCUCACGCCCCGCUACGCCGCCAAGCUACGCCCAGUGCUACGCUACGUGUGGUACAGUUCGACUGGUUAAGUCGAAUUCGUUCCGGCCCGCAGCUUGUUUACAGCAAUUUUUAUUGUAGUAAGUGAGUUGCGUGUCAUCGCGGUUGAAAUGAAGGAUACCUAACGGUGACAACUAACUCGGCUAAUGUUGACCCGGUGCGUUUCUCAGACCUCCUGACCUGAGAGAAACCGGACGACCCGAUCCCAUUGCACUUGGGCUUAUCCCAAGGGUGACGGUUCGCGGCUAUAACCAUUAGGGAUAGCCGCGCCACUUCCAACCCCCGUUGCUCUCUGCCCUCGGCGGGGAGGCUUCAUCAGCAUGGCUCUAUCAGCGGACCAUGUCAACGCCGUUGUAGUCCAGAUUGUGGCUUUGCUUAAAGCCGCAAAUCUCCAUUUCGACCAGUCACGAGUCGAUAGCCUCUCCUCCGUAUUCAACACUCCAAGUCGGCCCCUUGCUGACUCCCCCGCGUCCCCCGAUGAGCCCUCCGCUCACAAAACUACUCCCGAGGACAUGGAGUUCUCCGACUCCGCCUCCUGCGGCCGAAAGCGGCCAGUCCAGUCCUCCUCUGAGGACUCUGACAACGGAACUGUCACUGGCUCCGUUGUCAACACCUCCCGACUUCCCUCUGGAGAACCUUUCCAACUGGUUCAAUCCAGGAAGAAGCGCCAGUCCAAGCGCUCAGCCACCUCCACGGAUAACGUACUCUCCGCCCCAACCCCUGUCCCUCUAAUGUCUCUCGACAUUAGCUUGCCCGAGGUCUCUAUCACCUCAUCUAUGAAGCCAGCCACGCGCUGCACGCCUGUCCUCCCUGCAAAUAAGCCCCCACCGCCUAUCUUCAUCCGAGACAAGGCAAAGUGGACUUAUGUUGCACAGCUCUGCGCCGACAAAAAGGUGCAAUACACCCGAGCUACCAACACGGGUGAAGCCAUCCGCGUAGUCGUCCCGACUACGGAGGACUUCCGAGUCCUCACUCGCCUCCUCACUCAUAAGAGUGUCGCAUACCACACUUAUGCGCUUCCGGAAGAGCGCAAAGUGAAAGCCAUUCUACGUGGCGUCCCUUAUGAGCUCCCCAGUGAGGUCAUCCUGGAGGACCUGACCAUGCAAGGGUUCAAGGCCGAGGCUGUACACAAAAUGUACAGCCGAUCCGGCAAGAAAUACCCUCUGGCUCUGGUUAUCCUAACCAAUGUCCCCGAGUCGAGGGAAAUUUUCAAGAGAGAGCUCAUCGUAUGUGGGCUCUCAAACAUCCGAGUAGAAGCUCCACACAGACGGGGCUUCCCAGGGCAGUGCCAUCGCUGCCAGCUUUAUGGCCACGCAGCUGCAAACUGCUCAGCCCCGCCUAGGUGCGUCAAGUGCCUAGAGCCUCACACAACCAAGGAGUGUUUGCGUCCCGCUUGCGUCCUUUGUGGGCAGGAAGGACAUCCCGCGAACUACCGCGGAUGUCCCCGCGCCCCUCGUCACUCAACAACGAAGACUGCUAGGAAGCAGUCUUCAAAACCAGGGCCACCUCCGGCCACUGGCGCGAACUUUCCUCAACUGAGGAACAGGACAACCGGGCCUUUACUCUCCACUUCUUGGGAGAAGCAGCCCCGGUCUAAAGUCCGGCCCAGACAUCUAAUGUCAAUUCCCGCCCCGUGCAAGUCACCCUGAGUGGCCGCAGAUGGGCAACACCUCCUCAACCAGACUCUGGAGUGCAUAACCCCCCUGAGUUUCUUGACGAAUGGAGAAUUCGACAUUAAAUAAUUCAACAUUCUAGCCAACAAAUUCAAAACAGCUAGGUCUCCACAUGAGCGCCUUAUUGCGAUGAUAGCGCACCAAGACUUGGUGAAUUCUAUGUACUAAUGUCCCAAUCGCGUAACGCUUCAUCACAGAACAUGGGGCGAGUGAAGCCUCAGGGCGUAUCACUUGUCUGAUUCAAUACGCGCGGCCUGCGCACCAACCUCCCAGAGAUUAAGGAAUUUGUUCGCAAUAAGGACGUCGACCUAUUGCUUAUCCAAGAAACAUUCUUUAAACCCGACGCUUCAAAGGGAUUAUCGAUCCCUUCCUACUCUCUUGUACACAAUGGCAGAGCCGACGACCGUCGUGGCGGACCGUCUCAAGAUACCUCUCCAGAGCGACCUUGAGACUCUUCUCUCACUAGGUGACUCAGUCAUCUUGUUUGGAGAUUUCAACUCCAAACACACUGACUGGUAGUGUCUAUCCACAAACGGGAAUGGCAUCAAGCUCCGCCGUCUAAUUAGGUCUAUGGACUUAGACGUCCUAAGUCCCACCUCUCCAACACACUACCCGGAUAACGUAGCACACUCUCCCGAUAUUUUAGACAUCGCCUUGGUCAAGGGUGUCGCUCUUAAUUUAAGGGCGAUUGAACCACUCGAUGACCUGGGCUCCGACCAUCGUCCAGUCUCCCUCAAGCUCGGGCCCCAUGCCCCCACCCCUACCACCACUCACCCUAAAACCCUCACCAACUGGGAGGGUUAUAGGGAGUCUCUUGCAUCAACUUUUGAUGCCCCCAAUUCACCAUAUGCAAUCUCGUCCAACUAUUUCGACAGUACGGAUAAGAUUGACAUCACGGUAAAAGCACUUACUCAAACAGUGCAUUCCGCUCUCCAUGACAACGAGCGGGUGGUUAAGGUUAACACCCAUAAGCUCCCGCUUGAUGUCAUGAACCUCAUUAGAGCCAAGAAUGCAGCUCUCAGAAGAGCCGCCAAGUACCCAACGCCCAACUAUAAGGUCACGCGCUAACUUCCUCCAGAGCCAAGUUAGGUUACGUCUCUCCGAAUUGAGGAAUUCCAAUUGGUAUUCACUCAUGGAGAACAUUUCCCCUUCACACCAGGCGUAUUACAAAGUGGCGAAAGCCCUUCGUACUGACGCAAUAUUCCACACUCCGCCUUUGAUACGCCCCGACGGCAGUACAGCUUUCGAGGACAGGGAUAAAGCGGAGUGUUUUGCUGAAAGCAUUGCUUCACAAUGCUCACCCAGCACUUCUUCUUUUGAACCCCUCCACGUAGCGUCGGUGGAGAAUGAGGUCAGCCGUCUGAACUCAAUACCUCUCACCGACGAUCCCAUUCCAACUACUGUAGAGGAGGUUAAAUCUAUCAUCCGUGGAUUAAAACCUGGCAAAGCUCCAGGAGCCGACGGUAUUUCCAACCUGGCGCUCAAACACUUCCCCGAGCAGGUGAUCUUCUUUCUUGUCCUCCUCUUCAACGCCUGCCUCGACCACUGCUUCUUUCCAACCGCUUGGAGUCCAACUCUCUCUCUUCGCUGACGAUACCGCUCUCUACGUCCAGUCCCAACAGAUAUCUUCAGUCCUCUCCAGGCUCCAACGCUCAGUUAAUGAGCUAGGUGACUGGUUUAGGAAAUGGCGUAUUGAGGUCAACCCGGAUAAAAGCUCCACAGUCCGUUUUGAUUUUAAGCGCAGACGCUUCUGCCGGGAUCGACCCAUUCAUCUAUUAGGCUCCCCUAUCCCCUUCAGGUCCACAGCCAAGUACUUGGAUGUGACCCUCGACUCCCAAUUCACCUUCAGGCCUCACGUCCAGAAGGUGACCGGAACCGCCCGCUUCUAUCUGUACCGCCUAAACAGUAUGUUAGGUAGGCACAGUAAAAUGUCUUUUAGGAACAAGCGAACACUCUUCAAGGUUUGCAUUCGACCGGUUAUGACUUACACCGCUCCAGUUUUCGCUCAUGCGAAACCCAAUAUUAUAGAUAAACUCCAAACAGUCCAAUCCAUUUUCUGCCGUAAGGCUGUCAAUGCCCACUGGUGCGUUAGAAACGCAGACCUUCACCGGGACUUAGAGCUCCCCACCAUCCAACAAAACCUAAAGUGCUUGUCUGAAACUUUCUUUAAGUCCUCAGACAAUCACCCAAAUCCCCUGAUUAAGGAGGCAGCGGAUUAUACCCCCCCCCCCCCCCCCCCCCUCCUUCACUUUAUCAAGUCAGGAGGCCCAGACACGCCCUCUCCGAUCCCCCUAACAAACUCUCGUCUGACCUGGAACGCCUCUUGGCAUCCGGGGAUAAUCAGACGCAUUUAGAUUCACCUCUACUUUGUGAUCAUCCUUCUGAUGUCACUAGUCCCAAUUAGAUAGCACCUUCUGUGCAAUAUCCCAGCGGAAACUCCAUAGGGAGUGCCGCUAGCGCCUCUCUCUCCCGAAGAGAAGGUCGCCUUCGAUGUAGGCUUAGAGGGCACCUGCCCAAAGCCAACUGCAGGUGGUGUUUAGUGGGUUUCACGUGAGUCCCACAUAACCAACGCAGACUUAGGCUGCGUUGGUAUGCAUGAGCAUUCACCACCUCCCUCCCGUCGGGUAGCCCAUUCCCUUGCUUGGGCGCAAAAAUGUAUUUUUGUUUGUAUUUAAUUUUGAUUGCUACAUUUUGCAAGGAGUUCUCAGAAAAUGUUUCUAACUUUUGAAAAUAAAUGCCAUUUCUAACAAAAAUUGCUACACCAUUGUGAUCAUUACCACAAUCAUUUCUUAGUAUUGUAUAACCUCUGAUAGAAAACUGUAUAUUUGGUUUAAGCCAAAAUUCUGAUAUAAGGGCUAUGUGUAUGUCCUGCUCAUAAAGGUUUUGAAGCUCAAGUCUGUUACUCAACAGACUUUGAGCAUUCCACUGUACUAUGUUAAGUUUGUGACAGUUGAAUGUGACGUUUUAUUUUUAAUUUCUAUGGUAUCUCUAAUAGCUGAACUAAUUGCGUGUGAGCUAAUGCUUUGAUUCUGUGUUUUAUUUAGUGUAAUGACUUUUAUUAUUGAUUCUGUGAUUAGGUUCAUUGCUGCUGGAUUGGAUAAAAUUAAAUUAAUGAUGUCUUGUGUGUUCUCUGUCUUAUUGAGUGAUGGAAAGUUUGUUGGAUGUUUAAAUAAAUCUGAUAAUGGUGUUUUA